CCCAUUUUGAAAUUCAGCUACCCGUUGGAGCCUACGGACGGAAUUUAAAAUUGCUCAAUGCUUUCAGGGCCUGCGUUCGAUCUAACAGCUGUCUUGGACGUGUGAGAUUUCCACGCACGCAAACCCUUUCCACCGGUGUGCGAAGCUAGCUGGACCGCGGCCCAAGUGAGAAGAUCGAAUCAUGGCAGAGAACGGCGCGACGUCGUUUCCGGUCUCGAUUCGCCCUCGAGGCGACCGGCCAGACGGCGACGUCGAGAACUUGGUCGCCAAGAUCCGGCAGAUCAACCAGCAGCGCGACGGCUUCCGCAAAGUGACCGAGGAGCAGCUUCUGCUCGAGAUGAGCGAGGGCAAGACGGGUUCGCCGGAGGCGUCCGAGGCGGAGGAAGAAGAUGAGUCGGACGAGGAGAAGAAAGGCACGGUCGAGUUCGUCUUUCAGAAGAGAGCGCAGAUGCAUCGCUCAUUGCAGUACGUUCAGCUUGGUGGCCACGAGGUCAUGUGUAGUGAAGCAUGAGUUUCUGACACGGUUAUGUUUUUUUUUCGUCUUGAACAGUCAAUCGAGAGAGAAUUCUUUGUGGGCCCUGGACACGUUCUCGCUGACGGCGUCGAGCAUACUGAAGCAGAGCUUUCAGACUGCGUCUCCCGCCAUGCGGGAGUCGAUCAAGGAGGGCUCGUUCAGCUACACGCGCAGACAGGCCCAGCCGUCCACGAACCCGGAAAGGGAACGGCAGAAGAACCAGCUGUGGGCCGGGUCGUUCAUGACCAACAACACCGAGUCGGCCGACACGCUGCUGGCGGCGGCGACGCGCCUCGAGGGCCUCGUGAAGGCGGAGACGGAGUACUGGCGCCAGCUGCUCUCGCUGACUUCGAAGGGCUGGCCGGUCUACAAGCCGGGUCCGCAUGCGCCCAUGCACGUGCGAUUCGUGGCCUCGGAGGCGUCGCCCGACUUCAAAUCGCAAGGCGUCGCCCAGCUGGUGCCGGACGAGGAGGGCACGAUCCAGCUCGGCAGCAGCGUCGGCCGCGAGCCGCGCACACUGCGGCUCCGCCGCUCCAGACGCGGCGAGGUCGUGGCCAGCAGCGUCACCGCCUCUCUGCUCUCGCUGGCCGAUCUGGGCAGCUCGCUCGAAGACAGGGUACGGCGCGAGCAGAGCUCCCUGUUCGAAGAGGAGCUCUUCCAAGAACUGGCGAUGGAGUCACGGAUCCUUCGGCCGCUUGGCGUCAAGCUUCGAGACAAGGUCCUACACCUGCCCGUGACUUCGGCACAGGGCGAAGCCGAAGAGUAUCUUGUCGAUCUCAUCUCCAUCGACGAAGCCUCCGAAGCCGUCGCCGCGUCGGCGCCGUCCGAAGAGAAGGACGUGCUGGACGCGCAGUCGGUCUUGCUCAGGCUACUUCUUUGUCACGUCUACCAGCUCCGACUUCAGCGCCGCUCGCAGAUUCCGCCGCCGCUCUCGGACGCGCCUCGGAAGGCGCCCCCAUCCAGCAUACUGCGAACUUUUCUUGCCCUCAACCAGCACUACGCCGUGUGCGUGCCGUUGGAAGGCUAUCUCGCGCACUUGCAGAAGUUGCUUACGGUAGCCGGCUUGCCCUUUUCGCGCGACGCGAUCAGACUGCCCGGUCUGCACGAGCUUCUGGAAAACACGGCCGAGGUGUUGGACGAGAAGAAGAAGAGGGAGCAGGCGGGUCACGAGUCACUUUUGCACAGCCUUUUGGAGCAGAUCAGCCAGCCGCAGCGGACGACGGCUCGGUUGAGGCUCGCGGGGCUCGCGCGAGCCGGAGCGUCGACCGAGCAUGUGGUCAGCAUACACGUCCGCACCGAUCUGUCGGCGCCCAUCUACGGCAGCGAGUUCGUGCUGGAGCUGCCGGCAGCUAUGGCCAGGCUGAUGUACGGACGGGAGAGUCACGACAAGACGGUCAGGUUCGCGGACUUGGCAGAGGUACGCUCGUUUGUCAACCAGCUGAUGUCGCUGCACAUCGUCUUCCACGAGCUGGUUCCGCGAGCGGGCAAGGGAUGGGUAGGCAAUGCCGACACGGCAAUCAUCUCGAAAGCUGUGGACGGCAAGGAUCAGCAGAGCAAGUUGGCCGUCGGGGUGAGGGUUGAGAACGAGCAGGUCGAGAUGAGGCGGCGAUGGUUCGGCGGUCGCGCCGACCAGGAUCGUGAGGUGUGGAGCCUCACGUCGACCAGGGCGAAGAGCCUCCCCGCCGUGUUCGAGGCGUGGGCGAGACAGUCGUAGAAAAACGUGCGGCACUGCAGCGUGCAGAUCACACCCCACCCCGAAAAGACCAGGUCGUCGGCAACAAGCGAUGCCGACUAGUAAUAUCCAGCACUCUGUGGAAUGAAGAGGAAAAGAAAGAAGACGAAAGAUUCCAGUUUGAGCGGAUGAGGAAAGGAUGGGUUGCUGCACGAUGAUGUCAGUCCAGGGGCGGCAUGAUCCGAAGGCGGAUCUUUGCCUGAAGAAUGGAGAGCGAGAGAGAGAACGGAGCAGCAGCAGCAGCAGCAGCAGGUGAAGGUGGCUCCAGUCGGUGACAAGGAAAAGGAAUGCAAUGGAUGGACAAAGGACAUUCCGCAUCAGGUUACGUGUAGAGCCUCAUCCAGGCCUGGACGCGGCCACCAAUUUUUGCAGCCAGAAAUUUCUAACCCAGGAAGUGGGAGCGGGCUGGGGCUGGGACGGUUUGGUUGAAAAGCACACAGCAACUGGAGUGUUCAGAGCCACGUAUGGCGGGGAGCGAAGAAAAGCAGGGAAGAGAAAAAAAAAAUUCAAAUCUUAUCGCAGACGGACGAGACGAAAGUGAACACAAAAGGACUCGGUUGUCUGGAGCCUGAAUUUGGUCUUUUUUGUUUUUUUUUUUUU